AUGCUUCGCUCUACCUCACAUGUCCUAUCAAUUUUACUCUUGUUGACCGCUUUCAUUAGUGUAGUCAAUGGCUACGAAUUCUUAGGAUGUGAAUCGCAAGCUCCUCAGGGCGAAGGAGAUCCGGAACCAGUAACACUGGACACACCAUCCGACUGUGCAGAUUAUUGCAGCGGUCUAGAAACUCCAACGCCCUAUUUCUACUACUCGUUUGGACAGGCCAGUUGUGUAUGCUCCACAGUUGCAGCGACGCCUUCAAUCUAUACAACCGGAACCGAUAAUAAAGGGACUUGUGCAGCCAAUGACUACAACCAAUACAAAGCGCAAUCAGAUAUCCCUUUCUAUGGUUGUUUCACCAACGCCGAUUCCCGUUCGGAUUUCGGGAGCGGUACCGUUGAAGGUGAUUACCUCGCAACACCUGCACAGUGCUUUGACAGAUGUGCAGGAUAUAGUUAUGAUCAAGUUGCUUUCCAACCUAGUACUACAGUCGGUCAAUUUUAUUGCGUGUGUGCGCAAAACCGCUUGACGGACGUGGACAGUACUGCGUCACAGGCGAAUUGUGGAGUUGGGGCAUUCUUCGUUUACGCUGAGGGACCAGAAUCAACGGCCUCCCAGGUAGAUAGGAGAAGAUUAAGAGAGCGAUUGAGAUUGGCUAAAAAGGGAGUAGUGGAAUAUUGUCCAACGGGAAUGAAGGCUUGUAAUGUGCAAGGUUAUGACUCUUACGAGUGUAUCAACACGGCCUCAGAACUCGAAGCAUGCGGUGGGUGCAUGGAUGGGGAAUACAAAUCACAAUCAAACACAACGACUGGAGUAGAUUGUACAACUCUCCCUGGAAUAGCCUUUGGAGCAGUGACAUGCUAUAACUCCAAGUGUGAAGCUUACGCUUGUAAGAAAGGAUACACCCUAGUAGAUGGUAUUUGUGAACUUUAG